AUGGAGUUUAUGAAGUCCUUAGGAAAAGGCUCGUAUGGUUCCGUUGAUCUCAUGAGAUUAACAAAACCUAACGGCUCGGAACCAUGUUACCAUGCCGUGAAAACCUCCUACGCUCACGACUACGAAACUCUCCGCAAAGAGUUUCGGAUACUUUCCAAACUUAGAAACUGCCCUAGAAUCGUGCAAACCCUAGGGUCAUCUCUAUCGAGAGGUGUUAAUGAUUAUGGAGUCAGGGUUUACAAGAUGUCGAUGGAGUAUGCAGCUGGUGGAAGUUUAGCUUCUUUCAUGGAAACAAGAACAUUGUCUGACUCGAUGAUCAGAGACUUCACGCUCAUGAUUCUUCAAGGACUUGUGUCUGUUCAUAGUCAGGGUUACGUUCAUUGUGAUCUUAAACCGGAGAAUCUGCUUGUGUUUCCACGUCAUGAGUACGAGGGAGAUGGUGUUGGUGGUGGCGUGAAGUCCACGUAUCAGUUGAAGAUAACUGAUUUUGGUAUGUCGACGAAAGCUGGAGAGGAGUCAGAGUUUUGGGAGUUUGAUUCUCCGUUCUUGGGAACGCCUCUUUACAUGUCGCCUGAAUCUGUUCAGGAAGGCGUCGCGGAGAAGGCGUUGGAUUUGUGGUCGUUAGGUUGUAUUGUUCUUGAGAUGUACACCGGAGAGCCGGCAUGGCCGUUUGCUGAUUCAGAGGAUCUUACGCCUGAGUUGUUGAAUGGGAACGCACCAGAGAUUCCACAAUCCCUUCCUUUUGACGCAAGGCAGUUUCUAGAGACGUGUUUGGCAAGGAAACCAGAUGAGAGAGGAAGUGCUGAGGAGUUGUUGAAGCAUCAGUUUCUUAGGAAAGUUUCUGAUCAGAAGAAAGAGAUGGUUACCGGUGCUGGAGGUAAGAGAGAAUCGGUGGUUGUAAUGAAGUCUAAGGAUACAACAAAGAAGCCACUAAGAGUGAAGAUAAUUCCACCAAAGCCGUUGCAGUUUAAGAAAAGUGCUCAUAGACCCUUGAGGUUGAAGAUUAUACCUCCAAAACCACCAGGAUGCAGGCUCGUACCGGUUUAG